UCCACAUCAGAGGCUCGCGCUGUGUUUGGUAAAUCGUGUGUGGUUUUCAACGGUCAAAAGAUGGCAUAUGCUCCACUACAGAACUGUGUUCCAAUAUCUGACUUAAGUCCAAAUAUCGCACACCAGAAUGUGGUUGGGAUUAUCAUCGCAAAGACUGAUGCAAGAGGAUUUCCAGACAGGAGAAAUGUUGGGACUGAACGAUUCACUUUCAGCUUCACUGUUAAAGACUCCCCUGACCAUUUCAUUAAUGUGUCUUCAUGGGGCAAAGAGGAAUAUGUUCAAGGACUUUGCAGCCAGUUCAGAAUUGGAGACUGUGUCAUUAUUGAAAAUCCCCUUGUUGUUACCAAAGAUCCUGAGAAAGAAGACAGAUUCUGUCCUUCAACCCCAAGUUUCUACAGAUUGUUGGUGACAGAAACUCAUUCAGCCAUAAGGAUGUGCUCAGAUUUAGAAACAGAAACCAAGCUCCUGUCCCUUUUCCACAUACCAGUAAAGGAUUCAAGGGACUUCUACUCACUGGGAGACAUUACUGCAAAUGGACAAAGCCUGGAUGGACAUUUCAUUAACAUUCUCGCUGUUGUGCGCUCGAUUGGAGAGCCAAAGUACUUCACUACUUCAGAUGGACGGAAUGGGCAGAGGCUAGAGAUUAGGCUCUUUGAUGAAACUUUGACAUCCUUCCCUUUAAUCUGCUGGGAUCAAGAGACAAUUCAGCUUGUGCAGACCCUGACACCACUAGAGACAGUGCUCUUCAUAGUGGAUGCUCGCAUCAACUUUGAUACUUUUCGUAACAGCAUGGUGGCAAGAGCCACCUCAAAAACAAUCAUUACCAUCGAUCCAGAUACGACUGAAGCCAACCAGCUCUUCAGUCAUGCAAAGGAAAUAUCAGAACGUGGACAGCUACAUGAGCAGGAUGCAGAACUGAGUGAAAAUGUUCCUUUGGAAUCUAUCACUGAUGUGCUGACAGUCAAACAAAUUAAAGCCAAAGCCCAAGAAAACUCUGAUACCUUCCAUGGUGUAAUUUAUUCAUUCAUUACAACUCUAGGAUUAGAUUCCUCCAUUUCCAAAGUCAUUUGCAGCAGAUGUGCCAAAUGCAGAUUUCGAGUCAGUGUGGACAUUGGGACCUGCACUAACACAGUGUGUCCAAACCAAGGACAACCACAGGACUUCACUGCAGACUUUGAUCUGUGGGUGGAUAUCACUGAUCAUACUGGAACUCUAAAGGCCUGCAAUCUGUCAGGCACUGUUGCUGAGAAAAUACUAGGAUGCACUUCUGAGGAGUUCAUGUGUCUCUCAGAGCCUCAGCGGAUGGCCAUGAAGUGGAGAUUUCUAUUGGAGAGAUGCAAAAUUUAUCUGAAGGUCUAUACUGCAGGCAGGCCAGUUCAGCGCCCAGACUCUUCUUCGGCGAAGCCAUGCUGUUGUGAUGGAUGCAGUUUCUCCAUCUACUAA